AUGGGUUUAUAUGUAAGUAGGUUAUUUAAUCGUUUAUUUCAAAAAAAAGAUGUACGUAUUUUAAUGGUUGGAUUAGAUGCUGCUGGAAAAACUACAAUAUUAUAUAAAGUAAAACUUGGUGAAGUUGUUACGACUAUUCCAACAAUAGGUUUCAAUGUUGAAACUGUCGAAUUUCGUAACAUUUCAUUUACCGUAUGGGAUGUAGGAGGACAAGAUAAGAUCCGACCUUUAUGGAGACAUUAUUAUUCCAACACAGACGGAUUAAUAUUUGUCGUAGAUAGUAAUGAUAGAGAAAGAAUAGAUGAUGCUCGUGAAGAAUUACAUAGAAUGAUAAAUGAAGAAGAAUUAAAGGAUGCUAUAAUUUUAGUCUUUGCUAAUAAACAAGAUUUACCAAAUGCUAUGUCAGCAGCUGAAGUUACAGAGAAAUUACACCUUAACACUAUAAGGGAAAGGAACUGGUUUAUUCAAUCCACCUGUGCCACAAGGGGUGACGGAUUGUACGAAGGUUUUGAUUGGCUAACCACACACUUAAAUAAUGCCAAAUAA